GCAUCAAUUUCACUAGAAAAAAGACAAGAACGAGGAGGAGCUUGCAUAAUUGGUCCGGUGAACUGUUUCUUUUUCUGGGUGUGCUUAGAUUUGGAUAGCAGGUACGUCUGAUUUCUCGAAACCAAUCUUUCUCUGCAUCUUAUGCCAGUUAAAGGUUCCAUCUUUGAAUUCACUUCUUGGGUGAGAUCGAUCUCAAAGCUUAAAUCACACUACUGAGAGGAAAUUUCCCUGGCAGGUAUUUCGAGAUUCAGAAGGUAGACACCUAGGAAUCAUGGAAAUCUUUCAAGUCACCAAUGGAAGAUUGGGGUUCCUAUCCAAAAGAUUCACAACAAUAUUAGUCAUUUGUUUCAUAGCUUUACCAGUUCUAGUCAUGGCUGUAAUGAUGUCUACAAACUCAAAGUUUGAUAUAAGUUCAAUCCUCGGCGUAGAAGUCCAAAAUGCCACAGCAUUAGAUGUGGACUCGAAGCCUACUACUACCAGCAUACCAGAUGACAAGCUGAAUGAUACUCAGGCUCAUGUAUUUGGAAGAGGUUCAGAUUCAGAAUAUGAGUCUUCUCAACUUACCAGCACUCCAGAUAGCAAACUGCUUAAUGGAAGUCUGGCUCCUAGAUUUGGCAAAGCAUCAGAUCCAGAAUACGAGUACUCUCAACCUACCAGCACACCCGAUGACAAACAACUUAGUAAAACUUUAGCAUCCAGUUCAAGUGGAGGAUCAGUUUCAGAAAAUGAUACCUCCCAGUCAACCAGCAUUCACAAUGUCAACUUGCUUAAUGGAACUUUUGCUUCCAGGUUUGGUGAAAGACCAGGUUCAAGAAAUGAUUCGUCUGAAUCUACCAGCAUGGCUAAUGAUAAGUUGCUUGAUGGUUUAAGCCCUCCUGGAUUUGAUGAAAGAUCCUGCCUAAGCAAGUAUGGUUCUGUCCUCUAUCGCAAAAUUUCAUCCCACAAGCCCUCCCCAUUUCUCCUUUCAAAACUGCGAAACUAUGAAAAUCUUCACAAACGCUGUGGGCCCUAUACCGAACCCUACAACAGAACCUUAAAGAUACUGAAAUCUGGCCAUGUAGGUAGUACCACAAUGUGCAAAUACGUUGUAUGGAGACCUGAUAAUGGCUUGGGAAAUAGGAUGGUAAGCAUCGCUUCAUCAUUUCUUUAUGCUCUCCUCACUAACAGAGUCUUGCUUCUUGAUCAUGGGACUGACAUGGCUGAUCUCUUCUGCGAGCCAUUUCCAAAUACUUCAUGGUUAUUACCUAUGGACUUUCCUCUUAGAAACCAAUUUCGAAAUUCUGAGCUGAGAUAUGCUCAUAGUCUGGGAGGCAUGCUAGAAAAAGACCGCAAAAACCUAUUAAUGGGGUCAACUCCACCAUAUCUAUAUCUUACUAUUAAAAAACGUGAUUAUGAUCUAGAUAAAGAAAUUUUCUACUGUGACAAAAACCAAGCUCUUCUUGGAAAAAUCCCUUGGUUGAUUCUGUUAUCAGAGCAAUAUUUUGCCCCUUCAUUCUUCUUGAUUCCAUCUUUCAAGAACGAGGCAACCAAAUUGUUCCCUGAAAAAGAAACUGUUUUCCAUCAUUUGGGUCGAUAUCUUUUCAAUCCCUCAAAUCAAGUAUGGAAGCAGCUAAUCACCAGGUUCUAUGAUGCAAACCUAGCCAAUGCAGAUGAAAGGAUUGGCCUCCAACUAAGGGUAUUCCAUGCUAAUGCUGGUCAAAUUCAAACUGUCGUGGAUCAGUUAUUAGCAUGUACUCUAAAGAAGAAACUUCUACCAGAAAUAGAUACAAGAAAUUCUGUUGCUUCCUCUUCCAACAACUGGACGUCAACAAAAGCUAUUUUGAUAACAUCUUUAUAUCCUGAGUUCUACAAGAAUUUGAGUAAUAGGUAUUUGGUGCACCCAUCUUUGACAGGGGAAGUUUUUGGCGUGUACCAGCCAAGCCAUGAAGGAUAUCAGCACCGAGGAGAUAAUAAGCACAAUAUGAAGGCAUGGGCUGAAAUAUAUCUCCUGAGUUUGUGUGAUGUGUUGGUGACUAGUGCUUGGUCAACCUUUGGCUAUGUGGCGCAAAGUCUUGGAGGUUUGAAACCAUGGAUUUUGCAUAAGCCGGGGCAUGGAGUUUAUCUUCCUUGUAAACGAGCCACGUCUAUGGAGCCUUGUUUCCAUUAUCCUUUCAGUUAUGAUUGCAAGUCAAAGAACAAAGUUGAUGCUGGUAGUCUUGUUCCUUACAUAAGGCAAUGUGAGGAUAGAGAGUUGGGGAUCAAGUUGUUUGAUGAUGAACAAUCGUAGUAUAAUUUUCUGGAAAUAGUAUAUCGCAUCUUGAUUUAUUUUAGCCUGCACAGAUAGUGUAGCAGUAGAAGUUUGAAAAUUUGGAAUUUGCAGUGGGCUGUCAUCUUGUGAAUUUGAAGCAUAUUAGCAC